GCAUCCCGUUGAGCUCCCUCCUGCACAGAGGCUCCGUCAGAGCGAGCGGAUGGAUUUAUAGUUUGUUCUGUGGACACAAUGGACAUGGAGAAGCUCAUGUGCUGUUUUAUGAUUUUCAAGCAUAAAGAGAGCCUUUCAAGGAUUUUUAUUCUGCCGGAUUUCACAGAUACACCGGACACUAUUUGAAUCGCAGAAGCUUGUGUUGUGUUGUACAUGGAAUAGGAAGACAACAGAGAGAAAGAACAUGCAUGCGAUUUACAGUGCUUGACCAAUGCCAGCUUCGACAGAGAAAUGGUUUGUUUCGGUCUGAAACACCCCGUGCGGAGCACAUCAGCGCUGUUACGCGUGUAGAUCCCCGGUCACCUGUUGAAGUUGCUGGGUGCGCGCGGAGCUGUUCCACGUUUUACUUCACAACUAGAGGAUCGACUUGAACAGCGCGUUGACAGAUGAUCGACCCGCCGUCCCGUCUGUAUGAUGAACUGAUUCCCCGCCAUGCUGUAGGAUGAGCUCUGAUCUGGAGAGCGUUUCGCUCAACACACCACUCUCCUCCGCCGGCUCAGGCGGCCGGGCGCUCUCCGCGAACGUCCGGAGGCUCCACACCGCCCUGAACCUGCUGCUCAGCGGCCCGGAGAGAGAGCAGUUCAUCCACUGCCUCAAUGUGUACCACGCCAAGCGCAACGUCUUCGACCUGGUCCAAACUCUCAAAGUGAUUCUCAACACGAGCAGCAAACGCCAGCUGCUGCCCAUGCUGCGCCUGGUCAUCCCGAGGUCUGACCAGCUGCUGUUCGACCAGUACACGUCCGAGGGACUCUAUCUGAAGACAGAGCUUUCCUCCAGCAACGGCAGCGCGGAGGGCGACUCAACUCUGCAGAAAUAUGUCAGCUCCAUCCAGGAGCAGCCCCCCCCCUCCGGCUGUUCGGACGAGCUGUCGGCUUCCCUGGCCACGCCGCUCUGCGAGGGUCCCUUUGGAGAGGUGCGCAAAGUCCUGCUGGCGCGCACCAGGAGCCACGAGGGUCUGGGCUUCAGUAUCCGCGGGGGGUCGGAACACGGCGUGGGCAUCUACGUGUCCCUGGUGGAGCCGGGCUCGUCGGCCGAUAGAGAAGGACUCAGGAUCGGGGACCAGAUAGUGACUGUGAACGACCUGAUGUUCGACCGCGUGUCUCACGUAGAGGCGGUGCAGGUGCUCAAGGGAUGCAAGAAACUGGCCAUUACAGUGUGUUCCAUGGGUCGGAUCCCUGGGGGCUACAUCACCAACCAUGUGUACAGCUGGGUGGACCCUGAGGGCCGGAGCAUGUCCCCGCCCCCCGACAGCCACGAGGCCAACCAGAGGCCAAGACAGGGCAUGGAAGAGAGGAUGUGUAACCUAAAUAUGGACGAUGGUCGCUCUCUGGGCCUAAUGAUCAGAGGUGGAGCAGAGUAUGGACUGGGGAUCUACAUCACUGGAGUGGACCCUGGAUCUGCUGCAGAUGCCUGUGCCCUAAAGGUGGGUGACCAGAUCCUGGAUGUCAACGGACAGAGCUUUGUAACCAUCUCCCACGAUGAGGCAGUUCACAUCCUCAAGACAGGACGCCACCUUCUAAUGAAAGUUAGGGAUGUAGGGCGUCUGCCUCAUGCACGCACAGUGGUGGACGAGACCAAAUGGAUCUGCAGUCAGGCCAUAGCUGAGACCAAUGCUACAGCUAACCCAAGUUAUCUCACCAACUCCCAUGUCAAUGCCGGCAUCCAUGUCAACGUCAGUGCCUGCAGUUCAAGGCCAUCCUCUGCCAAAGCUACACUUGUAUUGGGAAAGCCUGUAGUAUACAGAGGCGUGGGCCCCCCAGGUGCUCAGGUGUCUCUGGAGCAGCAGGCCUACAUGCUGCUGACGGAGCCAGAGAGGCAGACCAUGGUCUACUACCUGCAGGAGUACCAGGAGGGACACAUAGGAGUGGAGCCGCUGACCAUGGCUCUCUGUGAGCUUUUUAACACACAUGCAAAGCUGUCCAUGCUGGCAGACGUGAGAAGUCUGGUGGCCCCCCUGGACCUAGAGCUGUACGACAGGCUGGUGUUGCAUCGUGAGAGAGAAGCCCACCAGGCCUGGCAUGGAGGUCCGGGGGUCCUGCAUCUUCAGGGCUACUGCAACCAGAAUGCAGGACACGGCCACCCUGCUAUGACUGACGGCUCUGUUGCUGGCUUGACAGAAAAUAACCAGGAGAACACUAAUGCCUUACAAAACAUGACAAUGGCUGAAAUGCGUGCUUCAGGUGAAUCUCCCGCAUUAUCAAGAGAUGCCUCCCCCCAGGCUCACAGCAGGCUGUCCAGGGACAAGGAGCCCAGCAGGAAGCCUCCAGCCCGCCGGGGGCAGCUCAGCUCCAGCCCCCUUCUCACUGGCCCAAUACGGCUGCUCCAGGACUGCCUCCACAAGUCCCUCAAAUCCCUCCCCAGCACCCAGCAGUCUUUGCCUCCCUCUGCCCAACACACCUGUGCUGCUGCCAGCCACCACGCUUCCCUCAAUGCACUUAAUCACACAUGCCAGAGUUCCCUUCAAAUAUCUGACCCUGAACAAUACAACCACUCCAACUUCGCUCAUCCCUUCCACCAGCAUGGGGCCAGCAACUGGCACAGCUCAGGACCCCACACCUGCCCCGGCCUCCUGCCUCCCCGGCAGCCCUCGGAGGCAUCUGUCAGGAUGGCUUGCAGAUCUAGCUCCUAUGAGAAGUCCUCUUACUUUGCAAAGUCAGCUAAUUCUUCAAAAGCUGCAUCUCCCAUGCAAUCCCCUCAUCUAUCACCUCGCCCCUCCCCAUGUCCCUCCCCCUGCCCCUCCCUCAUCACACCUGCUGCUCCAACCUGUAGUCCUGACCGGCCCUGCUCCCCUGCCCUCACCCACAAAGUCAUCCUGACCGACAUGAACUGGCUGUCUGCAGACUGCCGAACACAGCAAAGAGGGGCCACUCUCUCCCAGCUGUCAGACAGUGGCCAGACUCUGAGUGAGGACAGUGGGGUGGAUAUAGCCGAGGCAGGGGGCCUCAGUAAGGACGGCAGCCCUCGGCCCAGCAAGAACCUGCAGGGCCAUCUAGAAAAGCCAGGGGCCCAUGCCCCCCCUCCAGGAACCAGACAGCAGUGUGGCUCACCAGUGCCGAACGCUACCUUGGUACGAGUGGUGAAGAAUUCAAACACCCUUGGCAUGGCUAUAGAGGGAGGAGCCAACACACGGCAACCUUUGCCGCGCAUAGUCACAAUUCAGAAAGGAGGCUCAGCUGAUAACUGUGCACAGCUGAAGGAGGGUCAGGUCAUCCUGGAGGUGGACGGCGUGUCCCUGAGAGGGCGGGAGCACAAAGAUGCUGCUCAGAUCAUCACUGAGGCCUUCAAGACCAAAGAGAAGGACCACAUCGACGUCCUGGUAGUGGAUCCAGGACUCUAGUAUGAGGACUUUGCACUUUAGAAAGACACCGUUUUACUGCUUUGAGUUUCAACAUGAUGUUAUCAGUUUUAUUUCAGGGAAAAGGUUUUGUGGAAAGCUUUUAGUUUAUUGCACGCUACAGCAAUUUGCACAAUUUCAUUAUGGAAAAUGAUAUUACAUUAAUAUUGGCGAAUAGUCAUAUGUCAUAAGUCAUCGUUUUCAAACACUAAGUUGUAUUGUUUGUUUCACCAGAAGGACUGAAUUAGACUUGAUAGUGUGGUUCAACUAAUAUUGAAAACAGUUAUUAUAUCAUGCAGUUAUUAUAUGUUAUUUUAUAUAAUGUUUUGUGAUAUUAUAUUAUAUGAUAUUAUAUAUUAUAUUAUAUUAUUGUAUAUGGGGAGGCUGAGCUGCUCUGGCUGACAUAGUUAUCUUUUUCAUUUCUAUUAGCAACAAUAACAUUUGUACUCACAAAGUACACAUACUUUAAAACACAUCAAUGUCACUAAACUCUACUGCUAUACUGAAACUCCCACAAUGAAUACUAUGACCUUUGAACAGAAACAAACUCUGCCAGACAUGUUGAACAUGUUGAAAGUAAACAGAAAAGUCAGAAAAGCACUACUUUAUUUGGAGGUACAACCAGAAGGGAGCACACCAAAACCAACGACCAAACAUCCUUCCACUGGACAACAGUUGCUGUAGUACUGACAUUGCAGGGGUGUUUUAUCUCCAAAUAAGGUGGAUGCUAAUGCUCAAUGGUAUGUUAGUUUGUAUAUAGUGUAGAAUGAACAUACUCUAUACAACUUUUUAUAAUAUAAAAUAGUUUACGAUAGAAGAUAAUUUCAUAUUUCCCAAUAUUCUAUACUACAUUACUCCUAAUGUAUGUUAUGUAUACUACAAAUAGCUUGCAGUGCAGGAUGUUCCAUGUUUUAAAUGAAACCACAUCCACCUACACAGUGGAGGUCAAUGAAGGUCACAUGUGAAUGAUGGGGAUGGGGACUGAGACUCUGCUAAAGCACUGUACAGCAAACUCAGCCUGGGUCUUCUAUCAGAAUCACUUAGGUGUAUACACACACCAUAGGCGCGUUCACACCGGAGUACUUUACCCAGGAAUAGUUCCGAUAGUUCCUGGGAUUUU